CCACAAAAUACCAGCAAAACCCAUCACAUUCAUCUCUUUUCUCUCUAGGUCUCAUCACACAUUAAAAACCAGAGCUCAAAUUACCUGAGCCUGAAACAUAAACAUGAUGAAGCCAAAUGUAAAUUUUCUUCUUAUUCUUGUUCUUGUUUCUAUGUUCAUGUCUUCACAAGCAUCUGCUCGUUUCAUAGCAAACAACCAAGUGAAAGAUCAGGAGGUAAAGCUCCAUAAAGCCAAUGGUGGAGAUCACUCUAUUGACAAGAUGGAAACUACUGAUAUAAAUAAGUUGAUGGGGCUAGAGGAAUAUCCAUGUGAGGAUCAAGAUGAAGAAGAAUGCUUUAAGAGAAGGGUUCUUGAAGAAGCUCACCUGGAUUACAUCUACACUCAGCACCACAAUCACCCUUAAGAUGAUCAGAGACUACUUAAUUAAUUAUAGUACAAGGCAUAAAUUAAAUGCGGAGCCUUUUUAAUAUCACACAAUAAUCUUUCUGGGGUACUUUUUCUCUAAUUCGCAAAUAUUUUUCCAGAUCUUCCACAACUCUUAGAGAAAGGGCCUACAGGGAUUAUGUUUAGUAUAUAGAUUUUAGUACUACUUGUUUCAUCUCUGCACCAUGGUUGUUGUCUGUUGGGUUAAUGUAUAACAUGUACUAUUUGUUUCCGUUUUAUGUGACAUAAUUAGUAUUUGAAAAGUUAAAAGGAGUUUUUUUCUUUUACCAUUA